UGAAAUUCCAAUCCAAUCUAUUUUAAGUUUUGUGCUAACAGAAUUGAGGUAGCAUUAGCAUGCAAUGGAGUCCCAAAAUGGAGAUAAUGUUGCUUCCAAUUUGCUGAAAGCACAAAGUCACAUAUGGAAUCACAUUUUCAACUUCAUCAAUUCCAUGUCACUUAAAUGUGUUGUUGAUUUAGGCAUACCAGAUAUCAUACACACCUAUGGCAAACCCAUGUCACUCUCAAAACUCAUUUCUUCACUACCAAUCGAUUCUUCGAAACAACCCUACAUCUAUCGUUUGAUGCGAAUCACGACUCAUUCUGGUAUUUUCUCUCAACAAAAUGUUGCAGACAAUGAUCUAGAAAUCGAGUAUAUGUUAACCGAUGUAUCUAGAUUGUUACUUAAGGACAAUCCGAUGAGUGUGGCACCGUUUGUGCAAGCGAUGCUUGAUCCCGUUUUCACAAAUCCGUUUCAUCAAUUGUCGACUUGGUUGAAAAAUGAUGAUCAUGCAGCAUUUGAAACGACCCAUGGGAAGUUAUUUUGGGAUUAUGCUGCACAUGACCCGAUAUUUAACCGUUUAUUCAAUGAGUCCAUGGCAAGUGACGCUCGAUUAGUGAGCAAUAUGCUGAUUGAGAAUUUCAGUGAAGUGUUCAACGGAUUAGAGUCAUUGGUUGAUGUUGGAGGAGGCACAGGGACCAUGGCAAAGUCUCUUGCCAAAUCAUUCCCACGGUUGGAAUGCAUUGUGUUUGAUCUCCCACAUAUUGUUGAUGGCUUAAAAGGAAGUGACAACCUAAACUAUGUUGGUGGAGAUAUGUUUCAAGAAAUUCCUCAAGCACAUGCCAUUUUGUUGAAGUGGAUAUUGCAUGACUGGAAUGACGAAGAAUGUGUGAAGAUAUUGAAGAAAUGCAAGGAAUCAUUGGAGAAGAAAGGUAAAGAAGGGAAAGUGAUUAUCAUAGAGAUGGUGUUAGAGAAUGAGAAGGAAAAUAUUAAUGAAACACAAACACAACUCUUCUUUGAUAUGUUGAUGAUGGUAACACUCACUGGAAAAGAGAGAAACAAGAGAGAAUGGAUUAAGUUGAUUUCUUCAGCUGGUUUUAGUGACUAUAAGAUAACUCCAAUAUUAGGCUUAAGGUCUGUUAUUGAGAUCUUUCCAUAAUAACAAAGUCAGUUGUCAUCAUUGUAACAAUGAUAAUGUUUUCAUUGGACUUUAAUAUAUCGUGUGGAUGUUUUUUUAAAUCAAAAUAAUUAAACAACUUGUUAAUAUUGUUAUU